CAAUGAGUAGCCUCGACGUGCUCAAAGUAUUUUGCUAAAUACCAUAAAUAACUUUCUAAGGACGAAAGUUAAGCAAUACCAUCGUGUCUUCCAUAAUGCUGCUUCUUGUGAUGCUAUCGUCCAUUGCUCUACAAUUUACAGCUGUGAAAUCCAUAGGAGUUUGUUAUGGGGUGAACGGAGAUAAUCUACCAAGCAGGCAAGAAGUGAUAGAUUUAUACAAGGCCAAUGGCAUUGGAAGGAUGCGCAUAUACUAUCCAGAUGAAGAUGCCCUUAAAGACCUAAGAGGUUCAAACAUAGAAGUGUUGCUUGAUGUGGCUAAGGAAACCCUUUCCUCUCUUACUGAUCCUGCAUCUGCCAAUGAUUGGGUUAACAAAUUUGUAACAUCGUACUCAGAUGUCAACAUCAAGUACAUCGCGGUUGGAAAUGAAAUUAGUCCUAGUGACAAUGAAGCACAAUAUAUUCUCCCUGGAAUGCAGAACAUUCAGAAGGCAAUUUCCGCAUCAAAUUUGCAAGACAAAGUUAAGGUCUCUACAGCAAUAAAAAUGGAUCUGCUUGAGAAUACUUCCCCACCCAAUAAUGGCAAGUUCAGUGACGCUGCAACUCCAUAUAUACAGCCCAUUAUUAACUUCCUUGUCAACAAUGGAGCACCACUUCUUGCUAAUGUGUAUCCCUAUUUUGCUUUUAGUGACCCAAAUAGCAACAUUCCUCUUGACUUUGUCUUGUUCAGGCAACAAGGGACAAAUGACCAAGGGUAUCAAAACCUAUUUGAUGCAAUGCUUGAUUCUAUAUACUAUGCUCUUGAGAAGAUAGGAGCACCAAAUUUACCAGUCGUUGUGUCUGAAAGUGGGUGGCCUUCAGCUGGAGGAGAUAAAGGACCUAGUGUUGAUAACGCACGCACUUACUAUCAAAAUUUGAUUAAUCACGUCAAUCAAGGGACUCCAAAGCACAAUGGGGCUAUUGAGACUUACUUGUUUGCCAUGUUUGAUGAAAACAAUAAGGGUGGUCUAGACACUGAGAGGCAUUUUGGUUUGUUCAACCCUGAUAAGUCACCCAAGUAUGGAAUCAAUUUUAGUUAGUAGUUCUUAGAAAAGAAUAAUAUAUAAUAGCAUGUACUUUGUAGGAUAAGACUUGUUAUUGUUGUUGUUGUUAUUGUAAUAUGUCUUGCUUGGAAUAAGCAUGCCACGAGCAUGUUCAUGUUUCUUCUUGAUUAAUGUAUUAGAAAUCAACAUUCAAAGUUAAUUCCCAUAAAACAUUAUUUUAGUUACAAAA